CACUGCCAAGGCAUUCCUGGCGACAGACACUAUAUCUGCCAGCCAGUGUCAGCUGGGCUAUAAAAUCCCUUUGUCUCGACACCCUGUUGUUCUGCCUCUUGUCCAUGACCAUCAACCAGACAGAAACCAGUUGUUCAGCUAGACGUCACAAUGGGCGAUCAGAUACGAAGACCUGGAAAUCCAAAAGUGGACAUCAAACCUAAGUCAAAGAUUUCAGCAUCACGGAAACUUUCUCUAAAGAUAAUGCUUCUUAACAGAGCAAUGGAGGAUUUAGAGAAAGAGAAACAGGACAGGGAUGAAGAGAAAAAUCGCUACCUCAAAGACAAACACCCUCCUAUGCAGCUUUCUGGACUCUCUAUGGGGGAGUUACAGAAUCUGUGCAAGCAACUCUACGCAAAAAUUGAUGUAGUAGAUGAGGAGAGGUAUGACUAUGAGGAUAAGGUCAUCAAGCACAACAAAGAUAUCAAUGAGCUUAAGUUGAAAGUUCAGGAUCUAGGGGGGAAGUUCAAGAAACCCGCCCUGAGGAAAGUACGUGUGUCUGCUGAUGAGAUGAUGAGGGCUUUGCUGGGCUCCAAACACAAAGGCUCCAUGGACCUCCGUGCAAAUCUGAAGUCGGUCAAGAAGGAGGAUAUAAAGCAAGAAAAGGUCUUGACCAGUGAAGUAGGUGACUGGCGUAAGAAUGUGGAAGCCAUGUCUGGCAUGGAGGGAAGAAAGAAGAUGUUUGAUGCUGCUGGGGGAGGCCAGUGAGCCCCUUCAUGAUACCAAACUGACUUCUGGAUGGCCUUGAUCUUGACAGAGAAGAUAUAAAAUGGAAAGUUUUCUGGCUUUGUUGACCUCUCUGAGCUGCUGUCUUUUUUUAGCAAAUUCAUAGUAACUGCUAAUCUUUUAAAGAUAUUAAUUGACCCAAAAUGUACAUUCUGUGACUAUUUAAGUACCUUUUUGUUGAUCCAAACCUGAAUUAUGGACAAAAGAAGAAUUUAGAAGAAUUCUAAUGUGACUCUUUUUCCAAUCAAUGACAGGGGAGAGCUAUUCCUUUAAAAAUAUGAUUGACAUCCCUUCUCCAAAGAGUUGAUAUAGACAUAAAAUAUGCCUUCGUAGUUUCAGGUGUUUUUGAGACCUGGAUAGCCUGCAUCCUACAUAUUAUAGUCUGCCGCCAUUUCAUUCAUUAUGUAUGCAUGCAUGAUGAAUAUAAAUGUGUUGAAUAAAAAACCCCCAAAAAGUCAGAUAGCAUAAGUUAUACUGGGAUAUAUGUAUGUUUUUGUGCGCUACAUUGAAGUCUUAAGUUGGCAUUAAAAGUUGCAGAAUUAAACAGAAA